UGUUACACUAUUGUUUUUUUGUUCCAUGUGAAGUGAAAUAGUUUAUAUUUAAUUGUAGAUUAACGAAUUCGGGGUUAAUUAAAGACAUGAACACCUUAAGGCCUAUUGAACUAUGGAGUCAUAUCUGCAGAUGAAAAAUACACUUUUUACUUUGUGCAUGGUGAUUUUUUACUGUAAGCACAAUGUAGCAAUUUAUAGUAAAUUAUCUCAGAAUGAGAUUGAAGAACUGAAGGACUAUGCAGUUUAUUACUCAUACAAACAAACCAAAGAAAUAUUAAUGAAAUAUUACAAUAGAAGUGAAGAAAUCAAAAUGCUCGUUGACGAGUACGACUUCAGAUGUGGAAGUGUUAAAACCUUUUUCAAAAAACACUACCCUUUCAUCACCGUGGAGGCAGCAUACAGACGAACGAGGAAUGUUGUUGCUCAGAGAGUCGCCAAUGUUAUCAAGGCCCGGCUUGUAGGUAAUCCUCCGCAGUUCAUGACAAUGUCCAACUACUUCUUCAACGACACGGAGGAGUUGAGACGAGCGUUCUACUCGCUUGGAGUCUACGGAGCAGCCUGCAAGACGAGAGAGUAUCUGUACAGCUCGGCUGUCAUCGUGGCUGGAUACUGGGUGGAUCAGACAUCCUUUGGGAUAUCCAAGAUGUACAACACGCUACCCUCGGCAGGCUCUGCGAUAUACGAGUGGCCAGACGACUUGGUUAAACCGGACAUGGUGUUUGUCAUAAACCCUUCGAGCAGCUUUCCUCCAAUCCCUCUCCAUCCUUACAAACCGCUGAAGACGUACUCGUUUAAGGACAAGCUCCUCGACUGUAUGUUACGAUUCAGGAAUCCCUCGUUGAUUGAAAUCAACACCUCUGUGGACAACAAUGAAGCAAUCAGAUCAAUUGUUAGCCACAUCAACAAACGCUUCGACACAAAUUUUCAGUGUGGUUGAGUCGUUGACUGAAAUAAUUCUUGUUUGUUUAAUGUACCUAACCUACCGAUGUUUUUUGUGG